AUGCCGUUCUACACGCGUGUGAUUGGUCUAUACGAGCGAUUCACAGUGUUAUCUGCCACCGCCAUCCGCCGGGAGGUGCAGGCCCUGUUAGGCACCACAACUAGCAACGCUCCUCUGUCCGAGCUGCGGGAGGUGUGUGCGCUCCUGUCGAAGAGCGGCGAGCGACGACGAGCUCGUCUUGUCGUGGACGCUCUUCCACAGCCGCAGCGACAGUCAUUCAUCACCGCAUUGGACCUCGCGGACCCGCCAAGUGAGUCAUUCGUGCCACAAUGUCAAGAGAAACAGGCUGCUGUUGCGGAACCGUUUUCGACGAUUGGAAUCUCUGAGAUGUCGAAUGAGGCGCUACUGCGGUUGGGGUUUGCGCUGCAGCGGCCGAAUCCCCAACGCAGACGGGCGGCACUUCACUCUGCGGCUGCGAACGAUAUCGAAGAGAAGGAAGGGGGGGAGAGGUUGGGGCACAACGCCGUCAUCCAGCGUCAGCUAUUUAUGGAGUUUCGGCGGCGGCGGCGAGUACAAGGAGUUGAUGCAGUGCGUCAUGAACUGGAAGUCUAA